GGGAAACGAAACCCUUUUUUCCAGACAGAUUUGACUCGCGCAUUCUGGAUUGAGACCCGAAGCAGCUUCCUCCACAGAGCAGAGAAUAAGAUUCCUCCUCCUUGUUCAGAUCUACUCCAUCUCCCCAAAUUCUCUGCACCUUCUCUAUCUUUGCACUUAGAGAGAGGCAACGCUGACAGAAAGAGGCCAGAUCUACACCAAGCAGAAUAUAGUGCUAUGAAAGAGAUUGCUGCUUUGCCUUCAUGUGCUACUCUGACCCAUGGCUCCAUCUACCAUUAGCUGCCCUGCCCAAAUUUCAUAUUUCUGAGUUCACUGUUGGAGGCAGAGUAGGAGAAGCAUGACAGCCUUCUGACUUUGGACCCAUCAAGACCUUGAUCCAGCCUGGUCAACAUCCUGACUGAUGUUCCUGUUUAAACUGGCUGAUAGGCAAAAUUCCAGAACCAAAGAUCAUUUUUGGAGAAUCGAAACUUUACUGGAGGAAAGUGGCCGAGAUAAGAGGCAUAAGGGAUAAAGACGUUCAUAUCUAGUUGAAAGAGAAUCCACAAAGUUGGGCAGAUUUUGCUAUCCUCUGUGGUCUUGUUCUGCUUCCCAUUCAGAACAGUAGUAACCAGAAUGAAGAAGGCGUUAUCUGAUGGAAUGGCACCCUCUCUCUCAAAUGAGCUCAUUUUCAGGAACUUGCUCUUAGUCAAGAAGAAGGAAGAACCCAACAGCAAAUUGUCAUCCUGUCUCAGCUGUGCUCUAGAGAAGCUCCAGAUGGAGCCUCCAUGUGUGAGAAGCAAUGCCCAACUUACCAUUUCUGAUGGGCACACUCUGAUGGAGUUUACUUCUGGCAAUAAAGAAUGUGCAAUCACAGUCUUCCAUGAUCAAGGCAAAGUCCAAUACGAUGUCUUUGUGCCUAGAUGGGAGCUCUACCUUUCUCGUCUUUGCUUUCGCUCACAGCCCCUCAGCCUUGGUACCAUCCUCAGCAUUCGUAGUCAUCUUCAUAGCUGGGGUCCAUCUAGACCAGGAUGUUCUUCUUUGGCCUGUUUUGACCAAGCCGCUGAACGGUUUCCCAGGGAACCUGAAGUCAUCCAACGAGAUGCUGAAAUGCUGGUGGAGUGUGAUGGAAAAGUAAUGAAGUUUGUCUCUGGCCAGGGAAAGUACAAGAUUUCUGUCUUCUUCAAACUAGGUGUGCCUGAAUAUGAUCUCCAGGUGGAUGACUGGGAUGUAGUCAUGGAGCGUCUCCAAACUGGAGUCGAACCACUAAACAUGGAGAACUUGUGGAAGGUGAGGAACAAGUUGGCUGCCACAAAAUGGAGGCAGGUGACACAUUGCCUGGAUGAGGCUAUUGGUCGAUUCUGGCAGGAACCCCAUUGUGUUCAGAAUAAUGCCAAGAUGCUGCUUUUCACCUGCAAUGAGAAAGUCAUGAUGAUCUCUGGGAAAGGGGAGAACCUAAUCACAGUAACAUAUAGACACGGAAUGAUUGAGUACAACUUGUCAGAGCGAGGGUGGUGGGAAGUGGCCGCCAAGGCACUACAAAAGAAAGAGACGACGUCAACUCUCAAACUCUGAGUUGGCCGGCGUUGCACUAUGUUGAACCAGAAGUAGAGGAACAGGUGCCUAAAACAAAAGUAUUACCAAGCAGCAUGCACUAUGAUGUAACUGAUUUUUGACUAUCCCACCAGUACUGAGCCUGAUAGAGUGAAGACUUGUGUCAUGCCAUGGCUAAGAUGUUAGCCCUUUCUAAAACUUCUGGCGUUCCGGGAGGGAGGGGGGAGGAUCUUGCAAUAUUCUGAUCACGAGAUCCUGCCCUUUGCCCAAACGCGAGCGCGACAUCCCGGGAGGAAGGACGGAUGUCGCGGCCGCCAUUUUCUUUUUUUCUUUUUUCUUUUACAGAAGAUGAGUGCACUUGCACUCCAACAGAAAUGUAAGUUAAAAAAUGAACAAACCCAAUCCCGCUCCCCGCGCAACCCCAAUGAGCAUGGAGCACCUGAAGAGCUCUGUGCCCGUUUCUUGCCUCCUUGCAUUUACUCGCAAGGAGGCGGGACGAAGGCGGGAUGGGCGCCCACACACCUCCCACGGUCUCAGGAUGAUCCCGAGACCGCAGGAAGAAUCAGGUUCUCCCAGGGAUUAUUUAUCCCUGGGAAAAGCCGUGCUCGUCCACCCUUGAUCCCGGGAGUCCCUGUACAUCAUUUGGAUACACAGGGACUCAGCCAUGACCAGCCCGGAUUUGGGGGCUGGUGUAGAAACAGCCUGUGACUUACAUGUUGGGAAAUCCCUCAUCCAAAUCUUAAUUCAGCCAUAAACAAACCUGGAGGCAAUACACAUGCCUCUAGCACUUAGCCAGGACUCCUUCUCUGCAACAUGAAAAUAACAAUAUUUUACUUCUCAGUUAUCUGGAACCUAAAUAACCAUCCUCUCCCAUACUAACCUUCUCAUUAGACAAUAUGAGGGUCUUCCUUGGAUUCUUCCACCACUGGAAAUAAGCAAGAGGGCCUUCUCUGUGGUGGCACCUUGGCUUUGGAACUCCCUCCCUAGUGAUGUUGGCCACUCCCCAUCAUUACUAUCUUUUAGGUUCUAGGCUCAAGACUAUUAGCUUUUAUAAGAUUUUUUAAUAUAGCUGUGCCUUUUUAUUUUUAGCUUUGCACUAUGUAUUAUCAUCAAAGUAGGAAAACACACACACACACACAUAUAUAUACAUAUAUAUAUAUACUUAAAGAUUAUUUCAUUACAAUAAUUUAUAAUAUGCAUCAUUCCACUUUUCAGAGCAGAUGGAUUAUAGAUAUUAAAUGAGCCUAAGACUCAAAUACAAAAUGAGAUGAAUAAUAAAUUGCAAGUCAAUUGCCCUGAAGCAGUUUAUUAGAGCCUCCAGAUUAAACAACAUCCCACAAUAAGUAUGUAUUGAAUUGCCUUAUCAUAAUAACAAUUCUUGCAGAGUUGUGUUUCUUUGUUAAAAAUGAAUUAUGAAUUAUUAUGAAUAAUAAUUAUUAUGAAUAAUAAUUAUGAAUUAUUCCAAUUCAAGAAAAACCGGUUGAUUUAUCAGUACAUUCCCAGUCUUCCUUAAAUCUGACAAGGUGGGCUAAUCAUAUACAAAUCAUUCCCCGAUUUAUUGGACAGGAGAUUAUUAUUUUUAACGGUAAUUAUUUUCAAUGCAAGUAUAUAUCUACCUACGUAUAUUAUAUAUAUAGAUAAGAACUGCAGGUGCCAGGCACCGUCAUAAAAAGAGACCUUGCCCCUUUACUUUUAUACAGGAUGGAAUACUUCUUCUACAUAGGGGUAUUCCAAAAAGGGGGAACUGCCUCACCAACAAAAAGAGGAUGCCAGUUUGCAAUUUUUUUUGCAUAUGCUAAGAUAUAUGCUUAGAUGCAAAUUUUGAAACGAUUAGGACAGUACAUCUCACUGUAGUGUGGGAGGCUGUGACCACGUGACCUACGUCCCUGCUCCUUCAGUCAGUCUGCUGUCCAUAUGCUAACUGCUGAUGGGCAACAGAUUUUAGGGUCCUUUACUUUAAGAAAGGAACUAGACUUGGGAGCCCUUCAAAUGGAGGAUGGUCCUCUGGCAGCCCUUCAAACAGAGGGCUAAUCUUUGUAAAAGAGGAGACGUGGCCACCCUACUUGUAAGAUAGUGCCUGCUGCAACAUUCACCAUCUAAAACCGAAGACAUUGGGCUUUUUAUUUCAAAACCAUUGUUCUGUUCAUCUUAUGCAGUUUUGUGCGGAUUGAUUCAUCGAUGAAUCAGUUAAAACUCGUAUAAGUUAGAAGAAGUCUUUUUUGAAUGACAGUAAUGAUAAUGAUGUUAGGUGUUACAUUACAUGUAAUAAACGUUGCCUGCAAACAA